CCCAGCUGGUGAAGCGUAAGACACGCUACCAAGUGGGCGGCCGCCCUUCUUGCCUGCGACAUCAAUAGGUACCAAUAUCGUACCAAGUCUACCUCGUCCUCGUUUUUCCAGCUUUUCUCUCCAUUGUAACCGAGUUUGGUCAGUCGCGUAUUUGCUCCACGAGCUGGAUGCAAUAGUUGCGUUCGGCAGGUGCUUCCCAGCGAAGCCAAGAUCACGGGCUUACGGCAAUCAGGAAGGCCCAUACCUAUAAUAGUAGUAAUAAGUGAAAAAGUUUUUUCACAGCCAAACUGAGCAACAAUAUAAAGUCAUCACGGAGCCACCCGCGUUUUGCAAGGUGUACCCGGUGAGUCCCGUGACGGGGCCGGGUUCCGCCAAGUCCGUAUGGGAGCUAAGCCCGGAUCCGGACAUGGUCGGCCACCUGUUGCCCAACAGCCCACUAUCGGGUGCCGCCCAGUCGAGCCAGGGCCCCUCCAAGAGCCCGCGGUCCAGGACCUGCCGGAGCGGGCCCGAUGACGACAUCUACGAGGACGAGGCGGCGCCCGGACAGGGCCCCAGCGAAGAAACCAAACGCAUUUUUGAGCUUGUGCGGGCUGGGGAUAUCGAGGCGAUCGACGCACUGGUCGACAAAAACGGGUCCGACAUUCUAAGCGUGAGGGACGAAUGGGGGUACACCCCAGCCCACUGGGUAGCUCUGGAUGGCAAUAUCGAGGUGAUGCGCUACUUGAUCGAGAGAAAUGGACCAGUCGACCUGUCCUGCCUCGGCACACAGGGCCCCAGACCCAUACACUGGACUUGCCGAAAGGGCCACAGUGCCGUCGCUCAGCUACUUCUGAAGUCCGGGGUGGCAGUCAACGCGGCGGACUUGAAGGGCCUGACGCCCUUGAUGACGGCCUGCAUGUUCGGAAAAUUCGCGACUGCGGCUUUCCUGCUCGGCUCGGGGGCCCAAAGCCACUUGACGGACAUAAACGGCGACACGGCGCUGCACUGGGCCGCGUACAAGGGCCACCCGGAGCUCAUCCGGCUGCUCAUCUACAGCGGGGUCGACCUCCAGAGGCCCGACUACUUUGGCUCGACGCCCCUCCACCUGGCCUGCCUGUCGGGCAACCUCAGCUGCGUCCGCAUCCUCUGCGAGAAGAGCAAGAUCGAGCUCGAGCCCCGGGACAAGAACGGCAAGACGCCCCUGCAGCUCGCCCAGAGCCACCGGCACGCCGAGAUAGUGCGCCUCCUACAGGCUGAGAUGAAGCGCAGGGCCAGGUGGAUACCCCCCGUCAACGAGCUCUGGGCGCUGUUGUUCGGAGGGGCGGGCGACAGUAAGGGCCCGCUCCUGCUCUUCCUGAUAUCGGUGCUCCUCUGGGGCUAUCCCAUGUACCUGUUCAAGUGCAUCCCGAUCACGUGGAACCUGCUGCGCGGAAGCCACUACUGCUUUAUUUACUGGAACGCCAUCAUGUGGAUAGCUUGGAUCGUGGCAAACAGAAAGGAUCCCGGUUACAUACCGCAGAACAGCGACACGUACUACCGGGCGAUCAAACAGAUUCCCUACUUCGACAAGUGGAAAAAGCGCAAUCUCAUUCUGUCCAGGCUGUGCUACAGCUGCAAGUGCUUGCGGCCCCUGCGCGCCAAACAUUGUCGGAUCUGCAACCGAUGCGUCUCCUACUUUGACCAUCACUGUCCGUUCAUAUACAACUGCGUCGGGCUUAGAAACAGAAUGUGGUUCUUCCUCUUCGUGAUGUGCGUCGCCAUAAACUGCUCAUUCACACUGUACUUUGCUUGCUACUGCAUAGCGAUCGAAGGUAUACAGCUGUUGUACGUGCUGGGUUUGUUGGAGGCAUUCCUUUUCUGCGGCUUGGGCUGGAUAUUGACGUGCACUUCGGUGCUGCACGCGUGCAUGAAUUUGACAACCAACGAGAUGUUCAACUACAAGAGGUACUCAUACCUAAGGGACAAGAGAGGCAAGUACUGGAAUCCCUUUAGCCGAGGCCCAGUGUUAAAUUUCAUCGAAUUCUUCGUUUGGCCUCCGGACCAGUACGCAAACGACUCUCAGAAUUAUCAAAUUUUUCAAGACGAGUAAUCCAUCCAUCAAUCCACGUAUACCUAGCUGUCUUUCUCUCGAGCAUGCACAAACUGCGACAACCACGGAGCCCACGCCUACCGAGCACUGCGUUUUAAGCAAAGUUUACCGUGUUUACCUGUACAUUUGAAUCAAAACACGUUGUAUUUUGUAAAUUUAUAAUAUCCUAUACAUUGACUCUAUUGCUUUGCUUACAUAUAUUAUGUGAUCAUUAUAAUCAAGUUAAGGGGUACUGUACACCACACUGUGAA